CUUUUCUCCGCCCCGAUCAUUGAACGUCACUGAGGCAAUCGCCGCAGCGAACCAAACAUCGCCUCCACCUACUCUCUCCCUUCUGUUUCCCUCUCUCCCUCUUUCUCUCUCUCUGAUACCCGUAAGUACAGUAGCAAUCAAGACAAGAUAGCCACGGUUGGCGAGAGCGGACGCGCGAGGUAUGAAAGACCAGCCUUUUCUCAACGAUCCUGCUGCCUACCCCGAGUUCUCCCUCCUCAUCAAACGCCAGAGCCUGCAGCACGCGAUACGACAGACCCUCCAUCGGCAAAGGACGAGUGCUCUGCUUGUCGUGGUGGCGAUGUCCAUCGCGGCCUCGGGCGGAGACGGCAGCGGUCGCAGCAACAGCGCGGAGUGGGGGGUGUACCUCGCCAAAGGCAUGCACCUUACACUCCUCCAGAAGCACUUUGAGGGCAUAGUGUCAGCGCUGGGAUGCAUGGCGAUGGGGACCGUAACGUCGUUCUUGGUGUACCCCAUCUACCAGCGGUGUUCUCCAGCGGCCAUUCAAAAUCCAAGAGCCCCUCCGUGCCGGCGAGUGUCUAGCGCAACAGCCAAGACGAUCGCCGCCGCCGUUCCGUCGAUGGCCGUGUGGGCCACCGCGGUGUACGCGGCUGGGGUUUACCGCUGGGGCGUCGCUUCGGGGCUAUGCGUCGGCCUGCAGUGCGCCGCUCUUACGCUCAAGUCGGUGUCGUUCGUGCAGAAGGCUCGCCCUGUCGCCGCUGAAGCAGCGAUCGCCGUGGUGGCGGCGCAUGAAGACCUUGAUGCGGCAAGGGUGGCAGCAAACGCAGACGACGGCGACCGCGCAGCGGCUGCGAGCGGACAAUUAGCAAUUUCUCCUGCACGUAGAAGUGUUCUUCAAGGGGAUCCCAGGUCAAAUCCACCAAGCCCAACGGCGAACGGCGACGACGGUGGCGCCCGCGCGGCCAACCCCGCCCUCACCUUUCGAGAGUUCGCGUUCUUCCUCGCGCUGGCCCCGUCCCUGGUGUGUCAGCCGCAGUACCUCGCGUCGGGGGCCCGAAGGCCGCCUCGCGUCGCCGCCGCUGCCUCCGAGUUCUUGCACGCGGGUCUCACCUACAUCGCAGUGCACGUGGCCUGCUCGGCCCUGUUCGCCCCGGCGCUGCGCGUCCUGGCGGGAGUCCUGCACUCUGGGGGCGUCGCCGGCUGGGCGGACGAGGAAGACUGGGCGGAGUUGCGCCGCACCGAUGGCAGCGGGUGGUGGUUGUACGACAGCAGCGGGAGCCUCGGCUCGCUCUUCGCGAGCGGCGGAGGAGGUUGCGUGCAUGGGGGGGUUGGUUGUGGCCCCGGAUGGACCUUUUCCGACGACGGGACGGGUCAUCCGGGCUUGACGGUGGCCAUCGCUGCGUGUCUUGGUGUGUUCGUCUUCUCGCCGAUGAUGCACUUCUUGAUGUUCUACGCCUUCUUCCACUCGGUGUGCCUCGGCUGCGCGGAGCUUUACGGGUAUCCGGACCGGAACACCUACGGUGAGCUCUCGUUCUCAUUGGUCGGCGACCGGUUCACCCCUAGUGCGGGUCUAGAAGGACAAGCACUACGGCAUGACUCCGCAGGCCCCUGGUGGCUUGUUGUAGACGAUGUCCGCGACUACUUCCGCCUCUGGUCGGCGCCCGUGCACCGGUGGCUGUCGGAGAGCGUCCAGCGUCCGAUGAUCGAGGUCGGACAGCGGGAGGCACUCCGCCGCCGUCGCCGGCGUGUUGCCAGAGAAGAGGACAAACCGCCCGCAACCAACGGCAAUAGCGGCGGCUCGAAUGGCGUCCAUGACCAUCGGCCGAAAGGGACUUCGUCGACCACUGGGUGAGAGUGGGGGCUUCGAAAUCUAAUCCUCUCUUUUCGUAAUCUUGUUUCUUCGGGUAUGUGGGUUCCUUUUAAUGGUCGUGCGUUGCAAAACAGUACCGUCGAAUGUGGUAUCGGUCACCGGGUUUUCUUCGACGAAGAUUUUCGUGACAUUCGACCGGCGACGGGCACCUUCUUCCCAUACGAUUGGGGUCGAAGACGACAUGACCUCGCUAGUCGCUUGUUUCAGGUAGAAAUGGUGCGGGGUUUUGAGAGGUAAAGCCACGGGUGCUUAUUUUUUUGUCUGUUCUGAGUGACUCUUGAAGCAAUAAUCAAUGGUAUACUUAAAGUGGGAGGCUACCCCCCCAGGCUGGUGGUGCGGCCGUUCCACUAGUCUAAUUAUUUAUUUUAUUUUAUUUUAUUUGUUUCUGAUUAUAUUUUGUUUUCUUGUAUUUUAUCGCUCUGCUGACCCUUGGGGUCCAUUUUUUUUUGGUAUACCUUUUCUAGGUACGUUAUCCUGUGACCACGGAAAUUGGCCGAGUCAAGUGAUGGAUUAGUACGGAGAGAUUGAGACAGAAGGAGGUACUGGAUAGAAAGACCGGGAUGGUUUUUAAUGUGAAGACAACAAAAACAACAUACUAGUCUAAUGCCCCUCUGAAUUGAAGGAAUUGCUGUCAUGUGAGGGUGUAGGGGCUGUUUCAACCAGGGGCUGUUUCAACCAUCCACGUUUCGAUGACAUUGUCGAAACCGUUCGUCUAAAUGUCUCUGCGCUCGAUUACCCAACUUAUCGCGGAAGAAACAGGGGCAAGGCUCGGCACGGUGCUGAUGCCGGCAUAGUGACGCGGUGGUGGCU